GGUGAUUAGGACAAUUAAUUUGGCUAGUGCCUAGCCCCAUGUCGACGCUGGAUUUUAUAAGAACCUCUUAUAGGUACCAUGUCGAGCCAUACCCUUUUCCUGUUCAAUGGCCAGCACCAUUUACAAUAUGUCUGACUCAGUCUGGUGCAAUGAUACGUCUGACAACACCCGAUUUGACCAUCCUUUUUCCCAAGACAUCCACAUAGACGAAGACUUGAUGGGGUCUUUACUACAUAAUGUAGAUGACUAUGGCGCCGGGUUCGUUGAUUUCGAUACCUCGGCCAAUGAAGAAAGUCUGCGGGGUUUAGGAAUGUCUGCGUUAAGCGUCAGCAGCCUACUCAGGUCUGCCAACGACGCUGUCUCGGUUAUCAAUUCUCUCGACGCCUCGAUAAAUAAUCUGAUCCGGGCUCUUGGGUGUUCAAACGAAAUCAGCACGGGAAUUGAAAGCUUGAAAGGCUCAGUCAAUCAUUUGAACACGUUGACUGCUAGUCUGUCCCGACGACUUGAUGCGUUUAUGGACUUGGCUGAACAAUUUGAAAACAAAGUCGCUCGUGGCCUAGACAGCGUGGACGCAUUGGAGGGCCUGCUAGGACGUGUGGUCAGACUUGAACAAACCGCAAUGGAAAGAAUCGAGAACCUGGCAAUUCGUGCAAGGAGCAGAGAUAUUCGGGAGUCGUGUGAUCGUUGAGUGCAUGGAUAGGUAGCAGUUCUACAUGAUCAGAAAUGACGGAAUGGAGAGGCUGUUUGAUUAUUUUAUUUAA